UAGUAUCUCAUUAUAUGAUUGCUUAUCUGAGAGAUUGCUUUCCAUGUCCUUUGGAUUGUUAUCAGUUUGGCUUACGCUUGAGAACCAACAACUCGUGCUAUGUCGUUACAAGCAAAGUUUUUCAGUGCAUUAAGAACAAAGACCGCCCGACAUCAAAGCCCUGUUUCAAAGCGUGAGAACAGAAUUGUGGCAAAAGCAGAACGUCCCGUGGUGGAAAGCAAUCCAAAGACUAAUCCAAUCCCAAGCGACGUAGAAAAGAAGGAACGAAAAUUACAACACAAUGUGAAAGCCAAUUUUAGAUUUGCCAUCAUUUUGUACACUAAAUCCAUCAAAGAGCUCCCACUUGUCGAAGGUAAUACGCUCAUCAGCGGUUUAGGAACUUGGCUCUUGCUGAGUCUAACAGCGUCCGGGGCUUGUGGAACUACUCUUGCCGAGCUUCAAGACGCACUCUUCAUCAACAACGACAACGCCGAAAACGUGCAACGUCUACUGGAACGGCUCAACCCACCGGGUCAGUCCUUGAUCCAAAUCGCCACCAAAGUCUUGAUCCAAGAGGGUUACGAAAUAGAAGAAGGAUUCCGAGAUAAUGCCGCCAAAUGCUUUGGUAGUGGUGUCGACACUUUUGAUCCAAACGAGGCCCAGAAGCUGGUUCAUCAUGUAAACACAUGGGUUAAAGAGAAGACCGAGGGCAAGAUUGGCGCUGUUUUGCCGCCCGAUUUUGAAGUUGAGCACACGCGGAUGCUUUUAGUGAAUGCCAUAUAUUUUAAGGCAGCAUGGCAUAGCCCCUUCGACAAGGAUCUAACCCAGGACCGUCCCUUCCAUAUCCCGGGCUCCCAAGGCUACCAAAAAGUACUAAUGAUGAACAAGGACACCUUCUUUAUGGUGGCCAGACCCGCAGAACUGAGCUGCGCCAUCGUCCAAUUGCCCUACAAAGGCCGAUCGGUGGGCCUGUACAUCUUUGUUCCAGACGAGAUGGACGGACUGGCCAAAGUCGAAGAGCAGCUCAUCCAUUUGAACAUGGAGGAGCUCACCUUCGAAAAGGAGCAACUGGACUUUUUCCUGCCCAAAUUCAAGAUCGAGUCCGAUUGGAAUCUGGUGCCCAUCCUCAAGAGCAUGGGCAUCCAAUCGUUAUUCGAUAACUCUUCUGUGGACCUAUCGGCCAUUCACGCUAGCCGUUCCAGCCCGUUACAUGUCAGCCAAGUCUCACAACGGGCAGCUAUGGAAGUCGACGAGGACGGCGCCACUGCAGCCGCUGUGACCUCCUUCACUUACGUCGAUGGCAUCGGACAGUCCACCCCUGAGUUGGUUUGCGACCAUCCGUUCAUGUUCAUGGUGUACGAUUCCGUUAAUUGCUUGCCGUACUUCAUGGGACGGAUCUGUAAUCCUCAAUCGGAUUUCAAAUAGCUUAAUGACAAGAAAUACGUAAUCGGAACCAACACCAAUUCUUAGCACCCUUUUGGGUCCCAUCUUCUAUUCUAUCUCCCAUUACCCUCUACCAACCAAUUCUCUGUUAUCAUCAAUGUGAUGUCUUAGUGAUUUAAUCAAUCAACAAUAAGUCCAACCUUU